AUGCACAAUUCAAGCACACUUUCUCGGACGGAGACAUGGCGCCUGCUGCUCCUCGUGGGAGCUGGUCUCGGCGUGUUGGUCAACACGUUCCAGGGCGACGGUGCUCCCUUGAUAGCCUCAAUUGCACUAACUUGCAUAUCAUUCGCGGUCGCCUUUAGCAUGAUCCGAUGGCUUGGACCAGUGUUUAUUAAGGCCGGGCUGAAGGGAAAGGAUAUGGCCAAGCCAAGAAAACCCGAAAUUCCUGAAACUAUGGGAGCUGUAUGUGCCGUGGUUUAUUUGCUCUCCCUGAUAAUUUUCAUUCCGUUUGCCUUCUACAAGGACAUUGUCGCCGCAACCUCGGGCGGAGGUAAUCGCGACGUCGUCAUUGAAGACCAACACAUUGAGAUGGGUCGUUAUCUCCACAGAUUUCCUCAUGGAAAGCUUGCAUCAUACCUGUCAGGUCUGCUGUCUUUGCAAUGCAUUGUCAUCCUUGGGAUCGGUGACGACUUGCUCGAUAUUCGCUGGCGACACAAGGUCUUGAUUCCUGCAUUCUCAGCAAUUCCCAUGCUCAUUGUAUACUUUGUCGACUUCGGUGUCACCCAUGUUGUUGUGCCAGUGCCACUACAAGCAUACCUGGGAGGUUUUAUUGACCUCGGAUGGCUGUAUUACAUGUACAUGGCAGCCGUGGCCAUUUUCUGUCCGAAUGCAAUAAACAUGUUCGCAGGCAUCAACGGCAUUGAGGUAGCUCAGUCACUGGUGAUUGCGGUUCAACUCCUUUUUAAUGAUGCACUGUACCUGACCCCGAUCACGCCAUACCCGAACCCGGCUACAGACUCGCACUUGUUCUCCAUCUACUUCUUGCUCCCAUUCAUUGGUGUGUCAGCUGCACUUCUGUGUCACAACUGGUAUCCAUCGAAAGUGUUUGUGGGAGACACCUACUGUUACUUUGCCGGCAUGGUCUUCGCGGUUGUGGGCAUACUUGGACAUUUCAGCAAGACCUUGCUCCUGCUGUUCGUGCCCCAGAUAUUCAACUUUUUGUAUUCCACACCCCAACUGUUUCAUAUAAUCCCUUGCCCUCGCCACCGAUUGCCAAAAUUUAACGCUGCGACUGGGCUUUUGGAGACCUCUGUUACUGAGUGGACAGUUCCUCCUUCCCCGUUGGUCGGGUUAGCAUUGGAAAUCCUUCACAAACUUAGAUUGGUACGUGUGCUCAAGAACGAAGACGGCAAGAUUGUCGAGUCGACGAAUUUGACUAUUUUGAAUCUUUGGCUCGUGUGGAUGGGACCCAUGAGAGAGGACACUCUUGCAUGGCACAUGGUGGGAAUCCAGAUUGUGUGUGGUUUAGUUGGAUUGUUUGUGCGGCAUCGGCUGGCUUUGCUAGUGUUCAACACUGACAACCUGUCAUUCCAGUCUAUGGCAUAA